UCCUGCAGCAGAAGUGUUUCAGUGUUGAUCAUGUCUCUGCACUGGUUAAUGUUUUUUCUUGCCUCAAUGGGGUUGGUGUCUGAUGCUGAUCACUGCAACAACACAGAGUAUGAUACAGUUAAAUAUAAACUAUUCACACAUCUCGGCUUGGACAAGAAUGACUAUCAGAUUACCAGAAUGUGGCCCUUGAUAUUCUUGCCCCAUCUUGCCAUAAUUUAUGUGGACCUGUAUGUGACCUCCAUCAUAGAAGUGAAUGAAAAAGACCAGAGCCUCACGACACAAGUCAAAAUUAUAACUGCCUGGCCAAAUUCAAAUAUGCAGUGGAAUAAAUCAUUGUUUUGUGAAAUGGAGACAUGUGUAGCCCCUAAAAAUCUGUUUUGGACUCCAGACAUUGGUAUAAUAGAAAGCAUCAAGACAGAUUUUGGAACAAAGGAGUCUCCUUAUGUGAGGUUAAUCCAUAUUGGCAUUAUAGCCUCAUCUGACAUUUUAGCUCUGACCACGGCUUGUAGGAUGGAUCUCUACAGGUUUCCGUUCGACAGCCACACAUGCAAUAUAACACUGCAAUCUACAGCACAUUCAAGUCAGGAGAUUACAAUUGAUAAAUUCAGUGGUGCAACAUGGGUGACCAUUGAGUCAAAGAAGACCUUUCACACCCAGGGAGAGUGGGAGCUCAUCAGUAUAAAUGUGACUAAAUCUGUUGCCAAGAUUAUUGGGCUGAUAGAAAUGGAUCAACUAAUAUAUCAGUCCGCCCUGACCACACGGUUGUGGUGGUUUUCUGCUCCGCCCUGGGGGGCAUUUAUAAUAUUUACACACUACAUCAAGUUCAUCAUCAUGAUGCUAAUGUUACUCUCUCUGUCUACAUGGCAGAUCACCAUCAAGAGGAGACCUCUACUGUAUGUCAUAAACAUCAUAAUACCAGUAUUUGUCUUCCUUGUGCUGGAUGUGAUGUCCUUCUUCAUAGUUGGUCAUGGAACAGACAAGCUGAGUUUUAAAGUGACUUUACUGCUGUCUAUUUCUGUGUUUCUGCUGAUUCUUAAUGACACGCUGCCCUCUACAGCUGACAAACUCCCACUGAUUGGGAUUUACUGCAGUGGGAUUUUCAUUCUCAUCGGCAUCAGCAUUCUGGAAACCAUCCUGGUGAAUUUUCUGAAAGCUAAAGAAGCUGAGAAGAUAUCAGUGGAAACAACAACUACUGCUACGGGCCAAGAUGACAGUGUCAGAGACCUGCAGAGCCCCCCAGACUUAGUUACAGAUCAGAAUGAAGAACAGUUUUAUACCCUUGGCCUUCUGAAGCUGAUCUUUACUGAGUGUUGUGCUCCAAUUCAACAAAACCAGCGAGAGAAGAUAUCUCUGUGCUGGACCAGAGUGGCAAGAAUCAUAAAUGUGACCUUCUUGGCUCUUUACAUAAUCACCAUAACUGUGUUUCUGUCUGUUCUAGGGAAGCUUUGGUUUUAUACGUAAAAAAGCAUACGAUACAGAAGCACCAUAAGCCUAGAACCAAUCCAAAAGUAUAUAUACAUUUAGUAAGUAGUUCUGAGAGUAUAGGGAGACUGAAGGAGAGUGAGUGGUUGCUGCAGAGCUUUUUUGGUGUUAUUUGCUUUACGCUAUUUUCUAAUUCUCUACAAACACAAACUGUAGCAAGAUUAUUUUUGUAUAUAUACUUUCUUUUUUUCCCCUUCUUCUUUUUUUUCAACAAAAAGACAAACUCUGUCCAAUAAUAGCUCUAAGUUAGUGCACAUAAUUCAAAGUCAAAGCUUUAAAGAUGGAAUCAAAAUGACUUGCUGGCAGAGUAAAAUAAUACAAAUGCUUUGUAUUCAAUACUGCUAUCACUUUUAAACAAAUCCAAAAACUCAAUGCCUCUAUUAAACAAAUUAUCCAUGACCUGUUUCAGACAAAAAAAUAAGAUUAAUAAUUGAAAGCUUUCAGAGUAUCUCUUUAUGUCUUCACCCAUUGACUUAAUCACUAGUGCAAGGGUAUCUUACCCUUCUGCUGGAGAGCUACUAUUUGAAGGGAUUGAUUGGCAAUCCCCUCCUUUUCUAAUCUGUAAUAAAUAGGUUUAUAGUUUUCAAAAAACUAGUGUAUCUAUUCUGGUAUUUAUGUUAUAAGCAAUGACUGUUUUUGGUAUCUGGGAGGUGACUGAGGCUCUGAACCAUGUUAUGACAGUGUUUAAUCAUCUAGCCUGGAUUCCAGAGAAUAUGUAUUUGUUUUUGUAAUAACUCAUAAGAAUCAUUAAAUAAUCAAAUAUUAUAUUUCACACAAACACACAAAAAACUUGUUAUUAGUUUGAACUUUGUUCUUGUUCAUUUUGUUCUGUGAUUUUCAUGAUCACUGUAUGAGACGUGUAAAAAUCAGCCUAGUGCCAAGGAACAGAGAAUUAGAAAACAGGAGAAUCAACAGCUGUCAAAUCAAGAUUUGUAACCAACAAUACUUAAGAUAUUGCUUACGAAUGGGACUUAAUGUCUCCAAGAUACCAUCUUUGAGAAAAGAUACCAUGUUUGGAUGUUGCUAGCAUUAUAUCUAUGUUAUCAGAAUCUCUAGAAAUUAUGUCAACAGAUCAACCAUGCGACUAAAUACUAGUGUCUCUGUAUUCUAAAUUAGUUUGAGCUUGGCUGCUUAUACUUAUUACGGCAUUUGGAAGUGUGGAGAACUCUUUCUACGAUAAACUCAAAUUCAAAUUUGGUAUUCGUUGAGAAUAUUGUUCUCUAAGGGGUUUGUGACGAGUGGAGCGGGGCCGUGGGAACGAGGUGAGGCCGGUGGAGUGAUUGGAGAUGAGCGAAACCUGCUCGACCCACCGGUCUUGAGUCCCACGGAGGAGA